AUGGAUUGCGACAUAUGUGGGAAAGGCCUUGGGCCCAAGGUGCCGCUACACUGCGCAACAUGCGCGCGUUCUGCUCUGUACCCGCUGCGCAUCGAGCAUGUAACCACCCUACUCGACAAGGAGAAGCUGGGGAAGCAUGUUGAGGCUGUGGCGAACGGCACGACCGAUCCUGCUGCUCAGAGUAUUUCGCUGUCGGGCUUGCUGGUCAACACCCACGAGAGCUCAAAGAAGUUAAGACUCGAACGGACCGUAGCAGAGACGACCCAAACUGCAGAGCGUAUUAACCUGAUUACUGAGCAAGUGGAGCUCCUCAAAAGGCAGAUGGAGGAGGUCAAGAAGGAGAUGGCAGCAAGGAAAGAAGCCAUGGCUCGGCGUUGUUCCGACCUUGCCUCCGCGAACCACGAUGUCGAGGCACGCCGUAACAACGAGCUAGAGAAGGUCUUGAAGAGUGUACGACACGCAAAUCAGAGGCUGGAGCGGACACAUACCCAGACUGUGGACGCGAGGAUGUAUUUGUGCAGGGCUGCGGCGGAGCUGGCUGGGUUGAAAGAGCAAAAGCGUAUGAGCAGGGAUGGCACAUGCAAGAUGGGUUACUUCAUUGGGGGUAUUCCCAUUACCGAUCUCAGGAAUCUGCACACUGCUUCGCCUCGCCAGCUUACGGCCUCUUUAACUCUGGUUGCCCGCCUCCUUGUCCAGAUCUCUCAUUACCUCGGCCUCCGCCUUCCUGCAGAGAUCGUACUCCCUCACAAGGACUGGCCUUUACCUACGAUAUAUUCACUGGGCUCCUCUUACACCUCGCGUGACGUAUCGUUUCCAGGAUCAAGCGAGCCGGCGUCGUCCACAAACAGUCCCGCUGCAUCGCGUACGCUUGAGCACAGACGACCGCCUCCGAGACCACGAACUCUCUACAUCCACAGCCCUCUACCGAAGCUCGUCAAGGAGGAUCCGGCGGCGUACUCCGUCUUUGUGGAAGGUGUCACGCUGUUGGCAUGGGACAUUGCCUGGCUCUGUUACACACAGGGCAUGCGUAGUGAGUUCGCGGACCUAGAGGCAAUAUGCCAGAUGGGGAAGAACCUCCACCAGCUUCUCGUAGCGAGACCGCCAGCUCCGACCCGCCACAACAGCUCUCGGUCGGUCACUCCAGCGCCUGACAGUCAAGCGACUCCACUCCUAUCAUCUCCAAGCGUAACGGUCGGCCACUUCUCUCACGGCACAGCGCAUUCCUUCCUUGGAGCAGCGGCUGGCAACGACUACAUGCGGGACUGGCAGGCUAGAACGCCGACGAAGCUCAUCGACAAAGUCAAGAUCACUCUUGCCGAGAACAUGCAGAACAUCGAGUGGGAGAUGCUCGAUGAGAAGGAGUGGGCAGAUGCGGAGGGAGCGUUGAUCGAGGAGCCGGAAGUGAUAGGAGCCCGAGCGCAGAAGGCUACAGACAAGCCUCGAGAUGGUGGUAGUGUUGUCAGCCAGUCUACGGUGACGCAGGAAUCGGCGCAGACGGAAGCUGGUAGAGCGCGGGGAGUCAACGGCUGGACCAAGCUCAAAACUCGCAAUGGCGAGAGCUCAAAGUGA